GUGAGCGUACGCGUUAAUUGCGACUUCAUUAGCUGCCUGCGCGCGCGCGAACAAGGGCGGAGGAAUGCACGCGCCGGCUGCAGGGUCGACAGCAGCAGCAUCCAGCUUUGCCGCGACCACAGGUGUUCCCUAGUAAACAGUGACUCCAAAUCCCAGAAUGCCAUGGAGCGACGAGGGCGGCAUCCCAGUGGGUCCACCUGACCUGAGCCUACUUGACCCCCUCGACUCCCUUUCCUCCUAAUCCCCCCCACCCCACCCCACCCCGACCCCUCCGUCCCCUUCGUCGUCCUCCUCCCGAUCCCACCCUCCGCCUCGUCCUCCCCUCCCCCCGCAGCACACAUGCAGGCCAAGAAGCGGUACCUGCUCGUGUCUGUGGGGGUCGCGCUUCUCUUCCUGGUCUACAUGUGGGCUCUGCAAAUCGCCGACUUGGAGCAGCAGCAGCAGCGGUGGUACCGCCGCCACCAGUUGCCCCAGUACCCCGACUACCACCAGGCCCAACCGUACAGCCCGAGCCAGGAAGCGGACCGGGCCGGGCCCGGGCCACCGCCUCGCAGGGGCCCGUCCAAGCAGCCCGGACACUGGACCGAGUUGACUCGGCUGCUGGAGCCCUACCUGGAGGGAGGGGAGCAGGAGGAGGACGGUCCUCAGGUGCACCACCAGCACAGCUCGCCCAGAGAGCGGCGCUCGGUCCGCGACAACCUCUACAAGAACAAACGCUGCCGCAUGGAAACCUGCUUCGACUUCGCCCGCUGUCAGUCGAACUUCGGGGUCUACGUUUACCCGUCACAGAGGGGGGACGAGAUCUCCGCCACCUACCGUAAGAUCUUGUCCUCCAUCCAGGAGUCUCGCUUCCACACGGCGGACCCCCUGCAGGCCUGCCUGUUCAUCCUGGCCGUGGACACCCUGGACAGGGACCGUCUGUCGGCCCAGUUCGUCCAGAACGCCAGGACGCGUAUCCAGAGUUUGCCCACGUGGAACGACGGUAGGAACCACCUGAUUUUUAACCUCUACUCCGGGACCUGGCCGGACUACACGGAAGAUCUGGGCUUCGAGGUGGGCCAGGCCAUGUUGGCCAAGGCCAGCGCCGACGUGGCCAACUUCCGACCCAACUUUGAUAUUUCCAUCCCCUUGUUCUCCAAAGACCACCCGCUCAAAGCAGGGGGCUUGGGUGGCACGGGGGUCACAGGCGGCGCGGCGGGCCGAGACGCGCCGUCCUCCUCGUCGUCGUCCAGGCGCUACCUGCUGGUCUUCAAAGGGAAGCGCUACUUGACGGGGAUCGGCUCCGAGACCAGGAACGCUUUGUACCACAUCCACAACGGGGACGAUAUUGUCCUGCUGACCACCUGCAAGCACGGCAAGGACUGGGAGAAGCACAAGGACUCACGCUGCGAUCACGGCAACCAAGAAUACGCAAAGAUGUUGUCCUUUGAGGGCUCGCGUGGCUCAUCUUUUAAACUGCAGAAACGAGCACACUUUUCAGCCCGAUUCGACUACCAGGAGCUGCUCCACAACUCCACCUUCUGCCUGGUGCCGCGGGGCCGACGCCUCGGCUCCUUCCGCUUCCUGGAGGCGCUGCAGGCGGCGUGCAUUCCCGUCAUUCUGAGCAACGGCUGGGAGCUUCCCUUCUCCGAGGUCAUCGACUGGAGGAAGGCGGCCGUGGUCGGCGACGAGAGGCUGCUGCUGCAGGUUCCGUCCAUGACUCGCUCGGUAGGCCGUGACAGGAUCCUAGUUCUCCGCCAGCAGAGUCAGUUUCUGUGGGACGCCUACUUCUCCUCCGUAGCCAAGAUCGUCCUCACCACUCUGGAGAUAAUCCGGGACCGUGUGGACUCUGUAGUGUCCCGAAACCGUCUGAUGUGGAACUCCCUGCCUGGUGGUCUCUAUGCACUCCCUCAGUACUCCACUGACCCCGCACGCUUCCCCUUUUAUUAUGCCAUGCUGGGUAAGAGCCCGCCGCAGCAGUUCACCGGCGUGAUCCAUACGGUGAGUCCGCUGCAGUCGCAGCCGUCUCCUGUGCUCAAGCUCAUCAUCGCCGUGGCCAAGUCCAAGUUCUGUGCGCAGAUUGUGGUUUUAUGGAACAGCGACAAGCCUUUACCUGCCAGGAACAAGUGGCCCUCCACCAGUGUGCCUCUCACCGUCAUCCAAGGACAGAGCAAGAUGAUGAGUAGUCGUUUUUACCCGCACGACGUCAUUGUCACCGACGCCAUCCUCAGUCUGGACGAAGACUCAGUUCUCUCCACCAAUGAGGUGGAUUUCGCCUUCAUCGUGUGGCAAAGUUUUCCGGAGCGUAUCGUGGGUUAUCCCGCCCGGAGUCACUAUUGGGACAGCUCGCGGUCCUGCUGGGGCUACACCUCCAAAUGGACCAACGACUACUCCAUGGUGCUGACCGGGGCCGCGUUCUACCACAGGUACUACCAUUACCUGUUCAGCAGCUACGUGCCCAGCGGCCUGCUGAGCGUGGUGGACCGCAUGGCCAACUGCGAGGACAUCCUGAUGAACUUCCUGGUUUCUACCGUCACCAGGCAGGCGCCCGUCAAGGUCACGCAGAAGAAGCAGUACAAGGAGACCAUGAUGAGCCAAGGCUCCAAGGCGUCCCGCUGGGCCGACCCGGACCACUUUGCCGAGCGUCAGACGUGCGUCAACGCCUUUGCUCGCUGGCUGGGCUUCAUGCCUCUGCUGCACUCGCAGAUGAGACUGGACCCGCUGCUCUUUCGGGACCAGGUGUCCAUGCUGCGCAAGAAGUACCGCGACAUCGAGAGGCUGUGAACGCACCGCCACCGUGAACGCCCCCUUCCCCGCCGUGGACCUUUCGACGCGUAACGGAUGCAGAAGGUACGCUCGCGCUCGCCAAAGAAUGCACGACAGGGACGUGGGCUGCAUGAACAAAACCUUUCCUCUCCGCAUCGUCCAAAAAGAGCAAAGAAAAGCGGAAUCGUAUGCACUAAAUGAUGGACAGUGUUGCUAUUGUACAUUUGCAGCUGCAAAUAAAAUCAACGUAUGCUAAAAAGGUGUCACCCGGGCUCCAAAUGUCACUUUUUGCUUCCUCGCUUCAUGUCUCCAAAUAGAAAUCACCGGCCCCUUCAUUGGGUAAAACUAUAAGAGCUGUGUCAAAUAUUCUACAAAGUGCAAUGGUAAAAUAAUGCUCAAAAAUGUAGAAUACGGCUUUGGAUGAACACUGUCGCAAGGUUUUUGGGAAAAGGUACACCUGUAAGAGCUCUGUGGAAGAUUCUGACUUUACAAGAAUUAUUAAUGGCGCUUAUAAUUGAACAUUUGUG